AUGCACUUGGGAAAAGUUCUAUCUGCUUCUCGCGAGAAUUUUAACGAUUGAUCGAACUAUGUCUUGUUAAGUGGUCUUCUUAGAGUGAAACUUUUUGUUUAUCCGCAACGCAAAACUUCCCCUCAAGCAGGGCAGUGGAAGCCCCAAGAGACCCCGGUGAUCUGUUGUAGUAGAGAAGAGAGAGGAUGUCACGAUAGGAGAGAAUAGAUGAGAAACGACAACAGUGUAUCCGUGGCGACGAGGAACGUUUCUAUUUGGAAGGAAGUGAACGUAGGUGCGGAACGAGAGUAGAUUUUCGCGAGUUGGUGAAGAAGAAUGGCGGAAGCAGGAGGAACGUCCGGUGACAAGGAGUUCAAGAAGCUGUUCCGUAGGAGAUUUCCGCAAUACGUCGCCGCUUCUGCAGCAUGCAUGGGCGGCUUCUCACUGGGCUGCGGCCUCGGCUGGAGCGCGCCGUCAGUCGAGAUCCUGAAGGACAAGUACAGCUACAACGAGUUCUCCACGAACGUAAUCGCGGCGGUGUUCCCUCUCGGUGCUGCGCUAGGCAUGCCGGUGAUCCCCUUCCUGAUCGAUAAAAUCGGUCGAAAAUGGACCAUGAUGGCUCUGGUACCUGCGUUCCUCCUCGGUUGGAUCUUCAUCGCGGCAGGUGUGUCGGAGUUGACCCUUCUUAUCAUCGGAAGACUGAUAACCGGUGCUUGCGGCGGAAUGUUCUGCGUCGUCGCGCCUAUGUACUCUGCUGAGAUCUCGGAGAAACAGAUCAGAGGUACUCUAGGUGUCUUCUUUCAAUUGCUACUGGUCGUUGGCAUUUUAUACGCUUACUGCUGCGGGUACAGCAGAAACGUGAUAGUGACGUCAGCUCUGUGCGGUGCAGCGCCCAUAAUUUUCGCCUGCAUCAUGAUAUUCAUGCCGGAGAGUCCGUUGUACUACUUGUCCAAGGACAACGAGGAAGCUGCGAGGAAGUCGAUGAGAUUCUUUCGUGGACCGGAUCACAGCGUCGACGCCGAGAUUAGCGCGUUCAAAGUCAGUAAGAGCAGACGUCAUACGGUGACGAUAUCCAUAUUCAAGAAGAAGCCGGUGAUGAGGACAAUGGGAGUGGCGUUCGGGUUGAUGUUCGCUCAACAGUUCAGCGGGAUCAACGCGAUUAUCUUCUAUUGCGAGACGAUCUUCAGGCAGACCGGCGUGGACAUGGACCCGUUGCUUCAGAUGGUGAUCGUCGCGAUAGUCCAGGUGGUCGCGUGCGUCGCCUCCGCUGCGUUGAUCGAUCAGCUCGGUAGGAAGCUCCUCAUGUUAAUAUCCUGCGGCGUGAUGUGCUGCUGCCUCGUCGCCCUGGGAUUCUUCUUUAUCCUGAAGAGCAACAAUGCCCAAGCAGCAGAUGAUCUAUUUUGGUUGCCUCUCUUCUCCGCCUGCCUCUAUAUGCUCGCCUUCUGCCUCGGAGCCGGUCCGAUUCCCUGGGCAUACAUGGGCGAGAUCUUCCCGACGAAGCUGAAGGGAAUAGCGUCGUCCAGCGCGGCUUUCUUCAACUGGACGCUGGCGUUCAUAGUGACGGUCUCGUUCUCGAGCGUUGUCAACGCGAUCGGGAUCGCCGCUGCGUUCUUCUUCUUCGCGGUAAUUUGCGGCCUCAGCGUCGCCUUCGUGGUGUUCUUCAUGGUCGAGACCAAGGGCAAGACCUUCGCGGAGAUCCUGAGGGAGUUCGGCACCUACGACAUCGACGAGCAAUAG